AUGGAGAAUAUGGACAUGUACAACAAGAUAUCACCACAGGAUGAAGAAGCCAUGCGGAGAUCACAGACGCCAGCGCCACUUCCUCCCCAGAGGCAGAGCGCCUGGAUGACCUUCUGCGUCAGUUUCCUGAUGGUGUUCUCUGUCUUCAGCGUCAGCAGGGAAGUCAAGCAACAACUCUACCCCGAGCCCAAACUGAGCAGCCGCGCGGUGGUGGGUCGGGAUUUGGGGUCAUGGGGCCAGGCUCUCGAUUCCAUCGUCACACCCGACACCGUCGAAGCUAUCGGGAACGACCCCCGGCUCAGGCGGACCCUCUUGUCCAUGGUUGAAUUCACCGUCGAUCUCUCCGACCAGCUGGUUGCUCGCUACGACUCGCCCGAGCUCCAGCAGACGAGGGAGGCUCUGCAAGAAUACCAGGACAAGAUCAAGAGGAGCCUCGAUGAUCUGGACGACGACGAUCUCCUGAGCGAUGGCGAGACAGAAGGCGUCGAGAAGCGGCAGCUCCCCAGCAUUGGCGACCUUUUUGGCGGCGGUGGAGGUGCAGCUCCCGCAGGAAACAUGUCUCCCGGCGUCCUCGGCGGCCUUCUCCAACCCCUGACGGACGGCCUCAAAAACGUCGGAAACCAGCUGGUCAGCAACCUCAACGGACCGGGCAUGUUCCUCGGUAUCGGCGUCGGUGCCGGCACAGCUCAGGGGCUGAACCUGUCGACCCAAGCCAAGACGAUGGAGGUCGCGGCCAAGGUCGCGGCUGACAACAAGAUGGAGGCGACCGGCCUGAACCCUGCGAUCCAGAAUCUGGGCGUCGGCCUGACCUCGACCCUUCUCAGCUCCGUCGAUCUCUCCAAAGUGGGCGGAAACUUCUCGGACCAGCUCCAGCCCAUCGCCCUCGCUCUGGCCACGGGCAUCGGCAACGGCACCGUAGCCGGCCUCAAGCUCAACGCCAACGCGGCCAACCUCGCGCCCCCAAACGACUCGAGCAUCCCCAACGUCCUCGGCACCUUUGGCUUCGCGCUCACCAAGACCGUGUCCUCCAACAUCGACACCAACCAGCUCUUCAGCCAGGCCAGCAACUCCGACUCCGUGCGCCAGAUCAUGCGCAUCCUCCCGGCCGCCGCCUCGGGCUUCGGCAAGGGUCUGGGCCAGGGCGCCACCGUCGGCCUCGGCCUUCAGCCCGACUCGGACGUGCUCAUGCAGCAGAUGCCGGACGGCUCCAUCGACUUUGGCGGCGUCUCGCAGACCUUUGCCAAGGCCCUGACCAGCAGCUUCCUGCAGAACGGCACCGCGACCGAGUUGCUCAACAAGGCGGGCGGCGCCAUGAAGGCGACCCAGAAUGGUGGCGGGAUCCCGUCGACCAUUGACUUCAACGGCCAGCAGAUUGAGAUCGGCAAGGUUGCGCAGGGUUUCGCCCGCGGCUUCCUCCAGGGCGCCGGCGACUCCAUCCAGAGCAUGGGCGGCGUGCAGUCCAUCUUCGCGGGCAACGCCACGAUCCCUACGGGUGCGAUGCCGGAUUCCAAGGUCCAGUUUGACGACUCGCUCGGCGGCGCCUCCACCGGCUUUGGCAGCGGUAUUGGCGGGCAGGGUGUUCUGGUCAUCUACGGGCUGGCCAAGAACCCGCAAGGAACUCCUGUUCCCGCCGCAAGCGCUUCGGCGGCAUCGGCACCCGCACCGGCCACUCCCGCUCAGCGCCGAAGCUUGGGUCUCGUCACCCGUCAGGACCCCCCGCCCGCCGUCUCCGUCGACACUUCCAACGGGUUCAACCUCUCCGUCGUGAUCAACGCCCAGACUAUCUCCACAGCCGCGCAGGCCGGCGUCAACGCCCUCACCUGUCAGGGUGUCGGCGGUCUGGGUCUCAUCGGCCUGGGCCUGAUCCGGAGCAAGACGAUCUCGCUCGACAUGUUUAACGGCGACAGCAACGCCACAAAGAUUCUCAAGCAGGUGGUCCCUACCGGCACAAUCAGGAUUUCCAACGAGGGAAACACCUACGCCAUCGACGGCGGUAUGAUUCGCGACUCUCUGGGCAACGGCGUCACGGCUGCCGCCAACGCCAUCGAGGUCAACGGGUUCAAGCUGCCUGGCUGGAUCGCGUUCCUCGUUAUCCACAUUCUUUUGGCCAUCAUUGCCUACGUCAACGUCCUUCCCCUGGCCAUCGGCCUGGAACAUUCGCGCAACCUCCUCCUCCGCAUCAACGCACCCCAGGUCCUGCCGAACGUCCACAAGUGGAACAACAUCCUGUGGCUCUUUGUCAUGGGACCCUCCAUCGUUGCUGUUUUGAUCUUUGGCGCGCUCGUCACGGCCAAGUCGACCCACUUCCGCACCGCCCACGGUAUCAUCAGCCUUAUCACAACCUUUGUCGGCCUGGGUGCCUUUCUCCUCCACCUGGCGGUCAAAGCCCGCGCGCCGCCCGUACCAGCCAACUCUUCCCGCGCCCCGCCGCCACCUACGUCCCUGGGCCUGCCCGGCAUCCGCGUCAUUGUCAACCAGCUUUUCCUUGCCCUUUCUUUCCUCUGCGUCAUCACCGGCUUUGCGGAUUUGAGCUCCGUGGCGUUGUGCUUCACGCAGAUCGUCCCCUUUGACUUGUCGCUCGUCGUUGGCUUCAGUCUGUCGACGGUCUUUGUGCUCGGAUCGUCGAUUUCGGGCCUCGAUAUCUCGCUCAACGUCCGCGACUACUUGAGGCGGAGGAAGGCCGGCCAGGCUAGCUCCGCCGGGGCCGCCGAACGGGGCGGUGUGUUGCAGGGCAAGAUCUCGGCGCCCAAGGCUGUCCAGGAUGAGAAGGACAACUUUGCGUAG